AUGGAGACUCCAUUAAUCAAGAAACAGCCUGUGCCAUUGGAGCCUCAUGAGACUCCUCAUGUUCAUGACGACCCUGAUGAACCACCGUUUCAAUACGAAGAACCCUCCUUCUUCAGAAAGGCAAUCUACGAUGUGUUCUUAUGGCUCUUCACUAAGAUCUUUGAUUGUUUCUUCAGAGAGAUCAGAACUCGUGGUGGGUACAAAGUUCCUACACAGGGUCCUAUCAUAUUUGUUGCUGCUCCUCAUGCGAAUCAGUUCGUUGACCCGGUGAUUCUUAUGGGCCAAGUGAAGAAAACGGUGAAUAAACGGGUUUCAUUCAUUGUUGCAGAGAAAUCUUUAAGAAGACCUGCGGUUGGUACUUUUGCUCGUUGUGCCAUGUCAAUUGGUGUUGUAAGGGCUCAGGAUAAUUUGAAACCGGCAAAGGGUAAAAUUAGAAUUGAUCCGGAUAAUUAUAAACGAUUGAUUGGUGUCAAUACCGAAUUUACCAAAUACCAUCAAAAGGGUCUGAUUGGGCUACCCAAAUCGUUGGGUAACGUUGAGAUUGAUAGCAUUGUUAGUGAUACGGAAUUGUUCCUGAGGAAAGAGUUCAAGAUGCAAAAGCCUGAGGUGAAAUCAACUUUGUUAAAUGGUACUUCGUUCAAAUAUGCUGCUAAGGUGAAUCAGUCUCGUGUGUAUCAUAACGUUUUCGAACAUUUGGCACAUGAUCAGUCCAUCGGUAUCUUCCCAGAAGGUGGUUCUCAUGAUAGAACAGACCUAUUGCCAUUGAAGGCAGGUGUUGCCAUCAUGGCCCUUGGAUGCAUGGAUGUUCAUCCAGAUGUUAACGUCAAGAUUGUGCCAUGUGGUAUGAACUAUUUCCAUCCGCAUAAGUUUAGAUCAAGAGCUGUUGUUGAAUUUGGUCAUCCAAUUGAGAUCUCGCGUGAACUGGUGGACAAAUACCGUGAUCCAGCCACUAAUAGAGAGGCUGUUAAGGAAUUAUUGGAUACUGUUAGUGAGGGUUUGAAGGCCGUCACCGUUACUUGCCCAGAUUAUGAAACUCUAAUGGUUGUGCAAGCCAUCAGAAGAUUGUAUGCAGGACAUCUCGUUUCUAAAUUGCCGUUACCGUUGGUGGUAGAAAUGAAUAGAAGAAUCGUUAAUGGGUUCCAAACUUUGAAGGACGAUAAAGUGAUUGUAAAGUUAAAGGAGGAUAUUCUCAAAUACAAUGCUCAUUUAAGAGAUUACAAUCUGCCAGAUCAUCAAGUGGAAACGGCUAAAGUCAAUUUGAUACAAAGUCUGGGUCUACUUAUCUGGAGGUCAGUGAAACUUGUGGUGCUCCUGAUUCUUUCUCUGCCAGGUAUCAUCUUAUUCUCACCGGUAUUCAUUCUGGCUAAAAGCAUAUCCAAGAAAAAGGCCAAAGAAGCCUUGGCUGCAUCUACCGUUAAGGUGAAGGCUAACGAUGUUAUCGCUACAUGGAAGAUCCUUAUUGGAAUCGGUGUGGCACCUUUGUUGUACUCUUUAUGGUCGCUGUUAUUCGUGUGGUAUUUCAAAGAAAGUCUAACCAAAAACAAAUUCAUCAGUUUCAUUUUCGCAUACACAUGUUGUGCUACCGUUACUUAUUCUGCAUUGAUCAUUGGUGAUCACGGAAUGGAUAUAUUCAAGUCCAUCAGACCUUUAUACUUGGCAGUCACCUCUCCAAAGGGCUUGCAGUCAUUAAAAGACGAACGUACUGUCUUGUCUGAAAAGAUUAAUGAAAUCGUGAACGAAUAUGGACCAAGACUUUUCCCCGAUUUCAAUGUCGAAACUUUUGCAAGUUAUGCUACUGGCCAUUCUUCAACAGAUGAACAGCUCGAAGAACAAGAGGAUAGAAAGACAAUGGAAUUAAAGAGAAGAAGAAGACUAGCAAAGUUGAAGAAAAGAUUCAAAGAGCAAGAGGAGAAACAGGAUGCGGAUUCCAGUGCUCCAACUAGUGCAAAACCAGAAAGUGCCAGUACAACUACAACGGCCGCCACAACAGACGACGAAAGUGAUGCCAUUUCAAUGAUUAACAGUGAUAACUCUCUAUCGAAUAUUCCUAUUUUCUCAAACAGAGAAAGAUCUACGUCAUCGACAAGUAUUGGUUCCCUUGGUUCAAGCAUCGAACUGGCUGCCAACCCAGAUGAGGAAAGAAACCACUCUAUAUCAGGCAUCGCCGAUCAAGUCAGGAGGAAGAGACUCGAUUGA